AUGUAAGGCUUUGAGAAGACAUAUUAUCAGUGCACCCACGUAAGGUCCUCCGGCAUGGCACGACAUUCCUUAACAUAUCUUACCACUCUUGCACUCUUCUUAAUACCUGUUAUCGCUACUUCGGGUCUUGCCAAAAGGGACUCGCCUCUAGUGACCCUUGAUUAUGGUAGCUUCCAAGGGUUUAGCUCCGCCUUCAGCACAGAGUCCUUCCUCGGUGUACCAUUCGCUGAACCUCCGGUCGGAAACCUUCGUUUGAACAAUCCCGUACCGCCUUCUUCCUUUAGCGGCGUAAAGAAUGCUACCUGGUAUGGUAACGCCUGUCCUCAAAUGUCCUUACUGGCCCCUGGAGUACCACUGCCAAAUAAUCCUGGCUUGGCUGGUGUGACCACCUAUCUGGGUGAACUGGAGCCCCAGGGGAUUGUGGCUGCAUCCGAAGACUGCCUGUAUGCAAACGUCGUGCGGCCUGCUGGCGUUUCUGCGGGUGCUAAUUUGCCUGUUGUUGUAUGGAUUUAUGGUGGUGCGUUUAUGGCAGGAGAUGCAUCGGCCUACAAUGGGACCAGCAUAAUUGCGCGGUCCAUGAGUUUAAAAACUCCUAUCGUUUAUGUGUCCUUUAACUAUCGUCUCAAUGCUUUUGGUUUCCUUGGCGGUAGAGAAGUGCAAGAAGCAAACUUGGGUAACCUUGGGUUGUACGACCAGCGCCUAGCACUUGAAUGGGUCCAGAAGUACAUCUCCACCUUUGGCGGAGACCCAGGAAAAGUGAUCAUUUGGGGUCAAAGUGCCGGAUCUAUCUCGGCGAUGCUGCAAAUGGUAGCAUAUGACGGGGAUUUGAACGGAUUGUUCCAAGGUGCUAUCAUGGAAUCCGGGUCCGCCGCACCCAUACACGAAAUUACCUCAGAACAGCAGCAGGAAAAUUAUGAUUUCCUUAUCGCACAAACGAACUGCGGUGGCGCAAGUGACACACUCGGCUGCCUCAGGGAAGCACCCUACGAAGCCAUCGCGAAUGCUACCGCGCAGAUGACCGCUUUACUCUCCUACCAAUCUCUCAACUCUACCUGGGGACCGCUUGUCGACGAUGUCUUUCUGAAGCAGACCGUUCGACAGUCCCUGAGAGCAGGCAAAUAUGCGAGGGUUCCAGUCAUCCUUGGCGAUGUCGACGACGAGGGGACCUUGUUCUCUCUCUACAGUCUCAACGUCACGACAAACGACCAGUUCCUGCAAUAUAUACGCACCGUGUUCUUGGUCGGGCUCAGCGACGCUGAGAUUAACCUUGUCGGCGAGUUGUAUCCCGACGACCCUGCCCAGGGCUCUCCCUUCGGUGUGGGCACGAAUGAUACCCUUACUCCGGAGUAUAAACGUAUUGCCGCAUUCCAAGGCGACUUCUAUUUUCAGGCCCCUCGUAGAUAUAGUUUGAGCAUCCUGUCCACGACGCAGAAUGUUUGGAGCUACAUUUGGAAGAGGGACAAGUUUGUUCCUGGAAUAGGUUCUUUCCAUGAGAGUGACCUGCAGGAGUACUACGACUUGACCGGCACAACAGAUUGGGUGGGUGCUGAUGCACUCAUCAACUUUGCUUACACCCUCGAUCCUAAUGUCCCCGCUCAAGGUUACCCGUCUGGGGCCUCUUCGUCAUUGCUGUCCGGUCUUUAUUGGUCUCAGUGGAAGCUCUGGUCUCCAGAUUUGUUGACAUUCGAGGACCCGAACGUACUCACGUUUACGAAGGAUACAUUCAGAGCAAAGGCAAUGGCGUACUUGAAUUAUCUCGAGGACCAGAUGGGAUUGUGAGAAGACACUGCAGGUGUCGUACAUACGUAGUUGCAAUAACUACUAUAGUCAACGCGCUCGUUGUGUUGUCUAUGCCUAUCGUCUGCCUACUUCUGUCAGAGCGACCCGUUGAGCGGCUCCGCACCGGAUCGAUCCAGCUGCAGUAAGACUAUGUUCUACGAGUGCCCUUGUUAUAUCGCCCCGCACGGCAG